UAUUCCUUAAUUUCAAAGCAAAAGAGGAAAAGAAAGAAAAAAAUCGUGGGGGGAAAGGUGGCCGCCUCGUCUGGACGCCUCGUCCGCCGCAUGGAUCCACGCCCUAGCCCUGCCAAUUGAUGGUGGGCGGGCGGCUGCGAGAUCUGUAGGGAGGCUCGCGGGCUUCGCCGCCGGCGGGGAGGAGAUGGACGCCGGGAGAGAAGGCACGGUGACUCCGGUGCUGCUCAACGUCUACGACCUGACGCCCGCCAACGAUUACCUCUACUGGCUCGGCUUCGGCGUCUUCCACUCGGGAAUCGAAGUUCAUGGCAUGGAAUAUGGAUUUGGAGCCCAUGAUUUCCCAUCAAGUGGUGUUUUUGAGGUGGAAUCGAAAAGUUGCCCUGGCUUUGUCUAUAGAAAGUCACUGUGGCUAGGCACUACCGACAUGUCUCAGGAAGAGUUCCGCUCAUUCAUUGAAAAGCUUGCAGGGAAAUAUCAUGGCAACUCAUAUCAUUUGAUUUCAAAGAACUGCAACCACUUCACUGAUGAUGUAUGUAAAAACUUGACUGGAAAACCCAUACCUGGCUGGGUGAAUCGGCUAGCAAGAGUAGGUUCAUUUUUUGACUGUCUUCUACCAGAAAGUGUCCAAGUUUCUCCUGUUGGGCGUGUCCCAACUCUUCGUGCGAUAACUGACGAUGAUUUGGAUUCAAUAUCCACAAUUAGUGACAGCGAUGAGGAGGACAAGCACUUGCUGCCAGCACCAUCUAAUGACCUGCAUUCUGUAGAUGUACCACCAAAGCUAGCCAAAGAUCUUCUUUGAGUCUUUUCGUGUUUUUACAAAACAUGCUAUAUUGUGACUGCAACUGCUGCACUUGGGAUGCUGAAGUGUUCCUAGGUGGCUUCAUAGGACAACACCGUUGAGCAGAGCUUCCAUUGGCGAUACUGAUUUCUUUUUCAGAGUUUGCUGUCCAAGUAGGUACACUGUAUACAGAUAGGAAUUGGCCUUCUUUCCAGCAUCCUGCUGUUUCACUAUUUGUAGAGUGAGACUGUUGUAUCGUCCUGAAGAUUGUUGUCAUCCGUGCUACUUCGGUGGCAAUUGCAUGACAUUAGUCUGUAUGUCAUGGCAGAGCUGGAAUAAGAAUCAUAAUAUGGGUUCUAUAUCAUGUUAGCCUUUGUAAGAGAAAAAACAAAAAAUUGCUUGAUGAGCCUUCGUAAAGCUUGUACUGAGUUGAUUAGGUUAGGACCCUUCUGCCUUCUGGUUGGAGCAUCUUCGGUUUCCAACCCUCCACCUUCUGGUUGCAGCUCUUCCUUUUUUUGAGUGAAAUACUACCAGGCUAUGGGCCCAGCA